AUUGAUUAUGUUGGCCCACUGACUCGAACUGUGAGAGACAAUAAAUACAUAAUCAUCAUCACCGAUUAUUUGACUAAGUGGCCAGAGGCAAAAGCUGUGCCCACAGCUAAUGCAAAAACCACU